UCUUGUCCGACCGCAGAUGCUCGCGCUGCCGUCCGGUUUGAUGCUCGCGCUGCCGUCCGGUUUGACUGGCGUUUCGUCAUAAUUCGUCAGCAAAGGCUUCGAAAACGCAACAACUCGGUAGAAUAUGUGACCUAUUUUAUACACGACCGGAACGACCAAAUCUAAACUUCAACCUUGUGUGCUGAACGGCACCUUGGCACUUUGCUUUCUGCUGCGUGACAUAAGGAGUUAAGCGGGUAACGGGAGUGUUUUAUAAAUAAACCUGGCGCGCGUACAGUAGAGACAGUAACGGAUAUCAGCACGAACCUGCUGCGGAGAGGAGCGCCGGCGGGGGAAGGGGGUAGGGGGGGUUCUGAGGUAACGGAGGCACGGAGGGCUGCGGAGCUCGUAUUUUAGUCUGCCUUUUAGUCAGCCCCCGUUUGGAAGUAGAUAGCGCUCCAGCCCGCGCGGGCCGCCCUCAGUGUAGGAGCGUAACGGAGAGAUUAUCAGCUUGCCUCGCGCACACUGCGAAGCCUGCUGAAAUUCCACCAGUCACCCAUGAUGCACGCGUCAAGAGAGCGGACUGGCCGGCCCCUCCAGCUGUGAGUAACCGUGGCGAUGGCUGCCCCUGGCGACGGUGGGCGUUUCCUGGUGAUAUUUGACUUCGACGAGACGCUGGUGAACGAGAGCAGCGACGAUGCCGUGGUGCGCACGGCCCCGGGCCAGGCUCUUCCCGAUUGGCUGCGGGCCUCGUACCGGGAAGGCCAGUACAACGAGCAGAUGCAGCGCGUGCUGGCGUACCUCGCCCAGCAGGGGGUGACAGAGAGUGCCAUCCGUGCCGAGAUCCAGAGCAUCCCAGAAACCCCCGGGCUGUCGGCGCUCCUGGACUUCCUGCGAGCGCACGCGCAGGACUUUGAGUGUGUGGUGCUCUCCGACGCCAACUCCGUCUUCAUAGAGGCUUGGCUUCAGCAUGUUGGCGCCCGGCAACUCUUCCUGGAGAUCUUCACUAACCCCGCCCACUUCGACGACUCCGGCCGCCUGGUCCUCGCCCCCUUCCACGCCCACUCGUGCCCCCGUUGCCCGGACAACAUGUGCAAGCAGCACAUCCUGCGGGACUACCUGGGUCGUCGCAGCGACGAGAGACGGCGGCCCUUCCAGCGGGUGUUCUACGUGGGCGACGGCGCCAACGACGUGUGUCCGUGCCUGGCGCUGGGCACUGCCGACGUGGCCUUCGCCCGCAGAGACUUCCCCAUGCACCGCAUCCUCACACACAUGCAGCAGAUGCCCGCAGCACUCACACACACGCAGCAGCAGACGCCCGCAGCACUCACACACACAGACACACAGACAGACACACACACGCAGCAGCAGACACCCGCAGCACUCACACACACACACACACACACACACACGCAGCAGCAGACGCCCGCAACACUCAGGGCUACUGUGCAGCCGUGGAGCAGUGGACACGAUGUGAUGGAGUAUCUACAGACAGCUGUGGGGGAGAGAUAGAGAGAGAGGAGAGGAGGAGAGGAGAAGAGGAGAAAGAGUGGAGAGAGAGAGGAGGGGAGAG